AGGAAAUAGAGGCAGAUGGAGGCGCAAUGACUUGCCCAAGGUCAAGCAGCUAAUAACUUUCCGAGACUGACUUUGAACGCAGGUCUUCUUGAUUCCAGGCCUAAUGUUCUAUUCAGUUUGCCAUCUAGGUGCCACAGCGAUUUAAAGCUUGCAAAGCACUUUGCAAACAUUAUCUCCGUUUUACCCAGCCAGCAUUGGGAGAGGGACUUCUCUGUAUUAAUGAAAUCACAGGUCUGGACCAGACUUUGUACAUAUGUGUAUACAUGUAGUUAUGGACAGGCCUUCAGAAUGUGUAUUACAGGAUGGCAUGAGAUAACGUAUGGAAAUUGAUUUGCAGACUUUAAAGGGUUCAGCAACUCUAUCUAACCCUGUUUCUAACCAAUCUGUCAGACCCUGCUACGUGCUACUAUACCUCAGGCAAAGGAGACCCGGAGAGAGAGAGAGAGAGACAGAGAGUCCCCUCUCCAGAAAUGGAAGGCCAGAUUGCUUAUGAUGAUUACCCCGUGGUCUUCCUGCCACCCUAUGAGAAUCCCCCUGCCUGGAUUCCUCCUCAUGAGAGGGUCUACCACCCAGACUACAACAAUGAAUUGACCCAGUUCCUACCUCGGACGAUCACGCUGAAGAAGCCCCCAGGAGCCCAGUUGGGAUUUAACAUCCGUGGGGGAAAGGCCUCCCAGCUGGGUAUCUUCAUCUCCAAGGUGAUUCCUGAUUCAGAUGCCCAUCGGGCUGGACUACAGGAAGGAGACCAGGUUCUAGCUGUGAAUGAAGUGGAUUUCCAAGAUAUUGAGCACAGCAAGGCUGUGGAGAUUCUGAAGACAGCUCGUGACAUCAGCAUGCGGGUCCGAUUUUUCCCCUACAGUACGUUUCUGAGCGCCACGCCCCGGGCUCUGGAGCUCAUAGACCCAGUCCCCUUUGUAAUCGCCAAGGGCCCUGGCUUUUAGGACUCUUUAGCUGCAGAAACUGGGAGGAGAGGGGGAGGCCAGCUCUCUGCCCCACCUGCCUGUGGCUUCUUCCGUUCCCAGAUUACCAUCGCCAGAAGGAGAGGACAGUGCACUAGCAGAUACGCUCUUCCCUUGCAUGUAGAAGCUACCUGGACACCUGAGUGACUUAGGAAGCACUGCCCCGGACUAAACUGCACUCUUCAUUUUCUGGGGGGCUUCAGGCCUAGUAAAGGCAGGGGAACCUUUCUAGGGGGAAUCCUCUUCCUCUGCCAGCAUUGAUCUGAGACAGGGAGCCCAAUGGAAACCUCAACUUCCCCUCCCCUUCCCCCCCCCCCCCCCCCAGCUAAAUAAAAGGAAAACCUGGAUUACCGUU